CUCGCCCGCAGCCCGCCGCGCCUCUGCAAGCCGGGACGGCGUUGGGUGCCUGCGCCUCGCUCUCCUCCGGCGCGAGCUCCCUCCGCGGCUCCUGGGGGCAGGCCGUGGGCCGCCACCCUCUGGAGACCCAGCAGGAGCGCGCGGUCGCGGAGCCCGACAGCGUCCGGAACUGCGCCUUUUGUCCCUUGGAGAUUUCCUGGAGUUUGCGGCGGGACGCGGGCGUGAGGGCAGCGCGGGCAGCCCCGACGUCGCGGGAGCGAGUGCGGGGAGGCAGCAUGGGCAGCGGGCGCAGCGCGGGGGGCCGCUACGGUGCCGCCUGGGGCGUGCUGCUGGCGCUGACCGCCGGGCUGAUGGCCGAGGCUUCGGCCAGCGAGUACGACUACGUGAGCUUCCAAUCGGACAUCGGCUCGUACCAGAGCGGGCGCUUCUACACCAAGCCGCCGCAGUGCGUGGACAUCCCGGUGGACCUGAGGCUGUGCCACAACGUGGGCUACAAGAAGAUGGUGCUGCCCAACCUGCUGGAGCAUGAGACCAUGGCCGAGGUGAAGCAGCAGGCCAGCAGCUGGGUGCCCCUGCUCAAUAAGAACUGCCACAUGGGCACCCAGGUCUUCCUCUGCUCGCUCUUCGCGCCCGUCUGCCUGGACCGGCCCAUCUACCCGUGCCGCUGGCUCUGCGAGGCCGUGCGCGACUCGUGCGAGCCCGUCAUGCAGUUCUUCGGCUUCUACUGGCCCGAGAUGCUCAAGUGUGACAAGUUCCCCGAGGGGGACGUCUGCAUCGCCAUGACCCCGCCUAAUGCCACCGAAGCUUCCAAGCCCCAAGGUACAAAUGUGUGUCCCCCAUGUGACAACGAAUUGAAAUCUGAAGCCAUCAUUGAGCAUCUUUGUGCAAGCGAGUUUGCACUGAGGAUGAAAAUAAAAGAAGUGAAGAAAGAAAAUGGUGACAAGAAGAUUGUCCCCAAAAAGAAGAAACCCCUGAAGCUGGGGCCCAUCAAGAAAAAGGAGCUGAAAAAGCUGGUGCUGUACCUGAAAAAUGGAGCCGACUGCCCCUGCCACCAGCUGGACAACCUCAGCCACCACUUCCUCAUCAUGGGCCGCAAAGUGAAGAGCCAGUACCUGCUGACAGCCAUUCACAAGUGGGACAAGAAAAACAAGGAGUUUAAAAACUUCAUGAAGAAGAUGAAAAAUCAUGAGUGCCCCACUUUUCAGUCGGUCUUUAAGUGAUGCUCAUGGGAAGGUUGGGGAGGGAGCUGUGGGCUGGGUGAGCACUGGGGAGAGCAGAGACCCUGGACCUCCUCUGUUUCAUAUGCACUGUUACACUAUUCCUGCCCUUAGCAGACCUUGUAAUGCAGUUGGCUUUGUUCGCAGCAUCCUCACCCCCUCCCCCUCACAGCCAUGCUCCAGACCCCAGCAUAACUAUGUCCAGGUACACCCGGACCAUUUAGAUUAGGAAGGCUUUAAAGAUCUGUAACAUGGAACAGCUGUCACUGCAAAAGGUGCGCAAAAAACAUUGCACCCACAGUCGCAGGCUCCACAAAAGAAAAGUUGCCAAUUUGGGGAACAGGUUAAACAAAAGGGAUCGUGGAAAAAAGUGAAUGAGAGAGAGAGAGAGAGAGAGAGAGAGAGGAGAGAAUGUGUCUUAAAUUGUGCAUCUUUCUGAGUGUUGAUAUAAAUUGCUUAUGGUUCCUUGGUUCUAUGCCUUUGGAAGUAGAAAAUUCUAACUAUUGGUAAGUCAUCUUGCUUUCAGUCCCAGAGUAAUUUCUCUGUCUGCUUUAGAUAGAAACACACACACACACACACACACACACACACAUUUAAGACCAAUUCUGAAAGUGAUGGGGUAGGAACAAAACCAAAAGCCCAGUAUGCAAUAGUGAGUACACAGAAGGGAGAUGUUGCUUUCUCUGCCCUCACUUUUACCACUAGAUUCUUCAAUAUGAAUUCAUUAACGAGGGGCAGUCUGGAUCAGCCCAAUGUAAGGUCUUCAAGAUUGGGGAGGAGGGGCACAUAUCUGCUUUUGUGUGAAGAAGAGCAAUGUUAUAAGCAUGAAAGAAUUGAGGCUAAGAAGAUAGUGUUCAAAACACAGUUAAAAAAGAAAAAAGGAAACAACGAAUAGUAAGGAUGUAUUGUGAAUGAGGAAAAGAGGUUCAUAUCCUAAUUUUAUCUGUUGCAUCUUUUAAAAAUAACAACAAUGGGAACAACAUGACAAAUCCUACUUUUUUUGUUUGUUGGUUGUGGGACUUGA